AUGUUGACGGUAAAAGGACAAGAAGAGAUCAUCCAUAAGGUCUGUGAGGCCUUGAAUAAGUAUGAAGCCAAGCUGAGUGAGCUCAAUCAGAAGAUCUGGUCCAACCCCGAGCUGGCAUUCAAGGAGUACAGCGCCCAUGACAACGUAUGCGAGCUUUUUGAGUCUUUUGGAGCUAGAUACCAGGUUCAUAAAAAGGCCUAUGGUAUUAACACAGCGCUCUCGGUGAUUUAUAGCCGUGGCGAGGGCGGAAGAAUCAUGGCUUUCAACGCAGAAUACGACGCCCUUCCAGGCAUGGGACAUGCAUGUGGACAUAAUUUGAUCGCCACAAGUUCGAUCGCAGCCUUCCUGGCCACCUGUGAAGCAAUGGAUACUCUGUACUCAGAUGAUAUUGGCUAUUCGGUUCGGCUGCUGGGGACUCCUGCCGAGGAGGGUGGUGGUGGAAAGCUCCUGCUCAUCAAUGCGGGAGCAUACAAAGACGUGGACGCAUGUUUCAUGGUCCAUCCAUUCCCAGUGCUUUCUGGUGCCCCUGAUCUUAUUAGCUCGAGUUCCUGUACCGGGCAGUAUCUUGCAAACGAUAAGGUUAAGGUGACUUUCACUGGCAAACCGGCGCAUGCUUCGGCUGCUCCUUGGGAGGGUAUUAAUGCCCUAGAUGCAGUGGUGUCUGCCUAUGUGAACAUUUCAAUGUUGCGACAGCAGAUUCUGCCUACGCAAAAGAUCCAUGGGGUUAUUUCGCGCGGUGGUGACAGACCAAAUGUUAUUCCUGCUUCUACGACGGUUGAAUACUAUAUGCGAUCGGAGACUGCAAAGACCCUCAAACCAUUGACUGAGAAAGUUCUCAAAUGCUUUGAGGCUGCUGCAACUGCUACUGGUUGCACGGUGGAAUACGAAUGGGAGGCUGCGUAUAAGGAUAUGAAGAUCAAUAAGCCCAUCUGCGAUAGCUACGUCUCUGCUAUGAACUUUAUGGGUCACAGUACUAUCUUUGAUGCCGCAGGGCAGGUAGGAGGUCUUAGCGGAGGGUCAACUGAUAUGGGCAACGUCUCAUAUGAAGUACCUGGCUUCCAUGGUGGAUUCUAUAUUCACACCGAUGGUGUGAAUCACACACCACAAUUUACUGCCGGGGCUGGAUCUGAGGAAGGGUUUAAGCGUAGCUUGCACUGUGCAGCGGGAAUGGCCGUAGUAGCGUGUAGAGCUCUAGUCGAUGAUAGCUUCGCCACUGCCAUCAAGUUGGACUUUGAGAAGGGCUUGGAAUUGUGA